UGCAACAGGUAACCACACGACACAGUCACAACAUCCUUCUAUCACUCAUUCCACAAACAUCCAUCAUAUCAGGCAGCUCUUAUGGCAUGGCUCUAGGCCGACCGAUUGGGUUGGCAUUCUGAGUGAAGGUCUCAAGAUUGCACCCCUAGAAGCACCAGUCACAGGCUACAUGUUUGGAAAAGGUGUCUAUUUUGCUGAUAUCUGUUCAAAGAGUGCGAACUAUUGUUUUGCUACUUGCUCGAAAAACGUCGGUCUUCUUCUACUUUGUGAUGUAUCGUUGGGGACAAGGAAUGAUUUGUUAGCUGCAGAUUAUGAUGCAGAUCAGCUGCUGCGUGGAAAGCAGAGUGUUAUGGGGAAAGGAAGGAUUGCACCUGAUCCAGGGAAUAGACACACAAUGUCUGAUGGUUGUGUCGUUCCUCUCGGUCCAACUUGUGAUACCAAAGUACAUAACCCACACGGCUACACACUCGACUGCAACGAGUACGUGAUAUAUGAUGUGAAGCAGAUCAAGAUGCGUUAUCUGGUGAAACUGAGAUUCAAUUUCAAGUAGCUAUCAGCAGUUCGAUACAAAACACCUAAACUUUUGUCUUUACCG